AUGGAGAUUGCACAUGCCGCUCCAUUAGUGGGUCUAGCUCGUGGGGGUACUGAAGUACUCGUUCAUGGAAAAGGGUUCGUUGCGCAUCCUCAACUCCGGUGCCAGUUUGGCGAGAUUUUUGGUGCUGCACAAUAUGUGAAUGGGUCCUGUGUGCGAUGUAGAAGUCCGCCGAGGUUUAAAGAAGCGAACGAAGUUCCACUCGUUGUAUGGUUGGGGCAAUCGUCAACGUCCACUGAGGAUACCGCGCAAGUGAUGUUCUCAUACAUAAGCACACCGCAGAUUCAGCGGGCGGAGCCUUCAAGUGGUAUGUACAACAAAUACCAUACCGUCAAGUUAUCUGGAUCCGGAUUUGUGCCAGAAAUGGUCGCAAUGUGCCGCUUUGGAAACCUUAUUCAGAAUAUUCUAGCAGUUGUCGUGUCCGACAACGAACUGACGUGUACAUUUCGAAUUAAUUCAACCGAGGAUCUACGAGACCGUGGUCAAAUCCUGCCGAUUGGCUUACGUCUUCAGGGUGAGGCAUACGUUGAAACUGGCUCAACUUUCACCAUCUUCGAGCCUGUUGUGCUGACGAAGGUUAACCCGAACGUGAUCUUUCCGGGGCAAACGGAUCGAAUCGAGCUUGAAUGCAGCGACGUGUUCCCAUCUCGCGAUUGGCAGUGCGCAUUUAUGAGCUUAAACAUCACUACGAUCGGAAGAUUCGUUUCAAGAACGAAGAUAUCGUGCCCGACCCCGCGAGCUGCCGUAUUAAGAACUGGGGCACGUGCUGUCAACUUACUCCAUGCUGGAAUCGAUUAUUCCUUAAAUUACGUUGAAGUGGAUGUGCUGCUACCUCCAGAGAUUUUCGACUUCAACCCCAAAUCCAGAGCUGCCCACUUGCCAUUAGUAUCCAGCGACGAUAUCAUUGACUAUGCGUUUAUCACUGGCAGAAAUUUCCCCCCGUUUCGGCGCAUUGAUUGUCGAUUCGGAUUGUUAAGUUCUGUGGGGACGUACGUGAGCUCUACGAGCGUCCGAUGCCGAAUCCCAAUCGCGCACAUGCCCGGACAAGUACGGCUUGCGAUUUCAUUCAACAGAGUCGACUACAUCUCUGCCCCGCAGUCAUUUCAGUUUCUUGAGGACUUUCGUAUUGACCGCGUGUUUCCUACUGGCGGUGCCGUAUCUGGAGGCUCUCUUGUACAUGUUUACGGUGGAGAGUUUGAAACGAAUGAAAGCAUACAGUGCAGCUUUGGAUCCCAUCGAAGCGAUGAUGACGCAGUGGUGGUAUCACCCACUGAGAUCAUUUGUACGGCUCCUGUUGGAGCAGAAAUUGGCAAGGUUGAUCUCAGUAUCUGGUCGGUUAGUCGCCGACUUACUGGCACGCUUUUGAAUGGCUUCGCGUACUCGAAAGUAGCUGUGGUGCUGAUGGUCUCGCCGUCGGAGGCACUGGAAAAAUCGGAGACUCUCUUUGACAUUUAUGGUCGAGGUUUCAUUCACUCUCCGAUGCUUGGAUGUGAUUUUGGUGGUAUCCAGAAUGAUACCGUCAUGGCAAAAGCAACUGUCCGUGCAAUUUGGGUCUCUUCAACGCAUAUCCAAUGCUUCUCUCCAGCGACAAACACCUCGGUUGGGAAUAUUCGCAUCGGUGUGACCAAUAACGGAGCUGACUUUGUGUAUGCAAGCCCUUCAUCAGUGAUUCACUUCCGAACGUAUUUUGACGUGUCUAGCAUCUAUCCAUCGAUUGGUAGUGCCAAAGGUGGCACCUCUGUGUUUGUAUAUGGAAAAAACUUUAGCGAUGCCGACAGAUACUGGUGUCGGUUUGGAGAAACAAGCGAAGCGUUACCUGCUACAAUUGUCAGUGCAGAGGAGCUGAUCUGCAUCAGUCCUCAAUUCUCGUUUAAAACCGGCCAGGUGACGAUUUAUCUGUCUGUGAACGGCCGAGACUUUGUAUCGACAAAUCAAUGGUUUAGCUACACAGUGGAGCCACAAGUCCAUAAGCUAUCACCUACGAAAGGUUCAGUGGACGGGUCAACUAUGGUGACUGUAUUUGGUGUAGGGUUUUCGUCCGAUCCCCCCCUCUGUCGCUUUGGAGAUAGUGCCGUUAAUGGAUACGUGCAGUCCGACACGAAGCUAGUGUGUAUCGCCCCCGCCAAUCGAUAUGCUGAAGCCGUGGCCGUUGAGAUAUCCAUCAAUGACGGAGUAGACUUCACUCAAAAUGGUGUGCUGUAUACGUUCGUUCUUGAUCCUCGAGUACGCCAAGUGACACCAGCAUCGGGGCCUGCCGCUGGUGGCACUUUGAUACAAAUCACCGGACUGAAUUUUUAUUCGUCCAAGCUUACCCAAUGUUGUUUCGGAGACCGCUAUCACUGUGUACGCGGGUGGUUGCUGAAUGGCACGGUGAUUGAAUGCGUGACGCCACCUUCUCCUGCCAAACUUUCGCUUGGUGUAGGUGGAUCAAAUCGAGUGCCGAUACUGCUGGCUUUGAAUGGACAAGACUUUGUGGCGUUCAAGAUGCAGUUUAAUUAUGUUCUCGACGCCUCUGUGGAAGAUGUUGUACCAAAUGUUGGCGACGUCGAUGGCGGCACGUUGAUCUUUGUACGUGGUCGUCAUUUUCGCUACUCGACAGGCUUGGAAUGUCGCUUUGGUAACAUCAGGACUAUCGCCGCAUUUUGGAAUGAUUCCGCGAUAUCGUGCGAAGCGCCAGCUCACCCGACCGGAAUCACGAAUCUUAGUGUUUCGUUGAAUGGCCAGGAUUUUAUACUGGCAAGCUCAAGCUUCACGUAUAUCCAGCUUCCGUCCGUGUAUCAGCUGGUACCAAACGCCGGGCCCCUGAGAGGGGGUUAUAGAGUUAACUUACGCGGGGAAUCCUUUCUGAACACAACAGCGAUGACUUGCCAAUUCUCGCAAGAUAAUGAGCUGCUAGCGACUGAAUCGGCUCUGUUUGAAUCGCCAUCCGAAUUAAGCUGUAUCGCGCCGUCGGUAAGCAAACCUGGGGAUGGCUCCAUUUCGAUGUUUGUUAAUGGAAUCUCGGUACCUCGGCUGCAGAAUCUAUCGUUCUCCUAUUACCGAGAUUUGGUUUUGAACACGUUGGUGCCGUGGCUAUGCGAUAAUGGUGGGGGAUGCAGUCUGGUGCUUUUUGGUGAUAACUUCAGGCAAGAUGCGGACUUGGAGUGCUGCUUCGGUACUUCUGAAUCUCAAGUGAAAUGCGUAACAGCAGAGUAUAUCAGCGAUAUCCGCGUACAUUGCAUCACUCCUCCGAUAGAUUACGUGGGUAUCGUCGCAGUGAGCAUGAGAUCAUAUGGUGUUGAAGCCUCAAACCAGUCACUGAGUUUGGAAGUUCAGCACCCCAUCGUCAUCGAUAGUAUAUCUCCUAUCACAGGCUCGUAUCGCGGUGGAACCAAAAUUAUUGUGAAAGGAUGGAAGUUCCUGUUCACGCCUCAGCUCUCGUGCUGUUUUGACGAUGUCCGUGUACCUGCGACGUUUACAAACUCUUCACAAAUUGAGUGUUUGACCCCGAACAUCGGGGCAAAAUCGGUUACGCUGAAAGUGAGCCAGAAUGGUCAGGACUGUUUGAAUGGUGGCGACGUCCAAACUUUUACGUUUCAAUUCCCCCCAUCCGUGCUUCAAGUGUCUCCCAAUAUUGGAACUCGGCUUGGUGGGACUCCAGUUAUUGUACAAGGCGAAAACUUCAAGGCGAACGAGUCCACGUGUUUCUUUGGGUCCGUUCAGGCAAGUAAAACGGUGGUGCUGUCGGAUACUCAGAUUGAGUGCACAAGUCCAGCCCAACCUGCUCCGCAGCGACUUCGAGUCAUUGUGGCUGACAACAAUCUCGACUAUUCUUCAAACCCAGUGUUCUUUACGUUCGCUGCUGCGGAAGAAGUGAAGUCGGUGGUGCCUCUACGACUGUCUUCAAUUGAAGGCGGCAAGAUCACUCUGACGACCGAAAAUAUUCGCAAUACUGCCAAUCUGAGCUGCUUCUUCGACGACGUGUCAGCUUCUGCAACUUAUGAAUCAUCGACUUCUGUACACUGCACGGUUCCGCGGCUUCCUCCGGGGUAUCGCAAUGUGUACAUCUCGAACGACGGAAAGCUCAAGUCUUCAAGUUUUGCCAUCGUAGAGCUCGUGAGCCCUCCACUAAUUGUUUCAGUAACUCCCCUCGCAGCCGAUAUGACUGGUGGUGAGCUGGUAUCGGUCGUAGGCUCUCGCUUGAACCUCGUAUCCCAUUGUCGUUUCGGCCGAGUGACUACGUCUGCGUAUGUUGUCAGUCCAAACAUGCUCCAGUGCAAGUCGCCGAGUCAAACAAAUUUCGGUGAUGUCGCGUUCAAACUAUUGGAUCACGGGGCUGAAGUUCCUUCUCAAAUGAUUUUGUUCUCCUACUUGAGUCCAGCGCAGUCUACAGAACGUAGACUUGCCAUGUUCGAAGAACAAGAAGCUGAUGUCGGUUUGUUACCGAUCCCGACGAUCCUGUCGAUCGACCCAGCAAGUGCCCCCAUUAUUGGCGGGACGAUCAUAACUGUGCACGGUCUGAACUUCACGAAUUCUUUGGAAUUGGCUUGUCGAUUCGGCUCGGUCGUUGUUGGUGGAAGGUAUCACAGCCCAGAGCAAAUGGUAUGCGUGUCUCCGCGACUUCAGCCGAAUCGCUACACUUUCCAGGUGUCGAAUGAUGGCAAAGUCUUCUCAAACAGCCCUGUUAGCGUCACUGUAUACACUGACUCGUUCGUGGAGUACAUUGCCCCCACACAUGGGCCGCAAACGGGUGGCACAGCUGUAACUGUGUAUGGAAGACAUUUCAUGAAAAGUUCACAAUUACGUUGCAGGUUUGGGGAUUUGGAGGCAGUUCAAGUGGUAAAGUACGUGUCCUCGACUGAAGUGGUGUGUAUUUCCCCUCCUCAGCGUGACAGGACGUCUGUGGUACGAGUUACAGUGAUGAACAACAACGCCAGCUUCACGCGAAACCCUGUGUUCUUCACGUACACAACUCAGGCAGACGUGGUUUCUUUGACGCCGAAAUUCGGGAGUAUCGUUGGAGGGACGGAGCUUAUGGUUCGUUGGUACAAUCUCGAGAUCAUCUUUGGUGGUGUGGUAAUGUGUCGCAUCGGAGGAGUGAAGUCGAGAGGAGAAGUGUUAGCAUCGAAUGUGGUCAAGUGUACUACACCAGCAAUGGAGAAGGCUGGCAAGCAGUCGGUUCAACUGAGCAUCAACGGACGUGACUUCACAAUGCCAAGUUUAUUCUUCGAGUACGUGGAAGAUAUCGUAAUUUACGAGUUGAUUCCGAACUUGGGACCAAGUACGGAUGCCAAUACCGUGGUAACCAUUCGAGGAACGAGCUUCAUCGACUCCGUCGAUGUUGCCUGCAUUAUCCGCUCAGCGAAGGUACCAGCCACAUUCAUCAAUCCAUCCAUGAUUUCCUGUGCGAUUCCUCGCGCUACCCCGGGGCUGGUCACAAUCCGAGUCUCGAACAAUGGCAUGGACGCGUCUACAAGCUCUGGAUCAUACCUGUACGUUAAGGAUAUGUCAGUGUCUCGCUUAUUCCCAACGAGUGGUCUGAAGGAGGGAGGAACUACGGUAUUUUUCCAGGGCAAGAACUUCGUGAACCACACGCUGCUAGCCUGUCGUUUUGGGGAGAUUACAACUCCCGCAACCUUCCUCUCGGUCUCCGUGGCUACGUGUGUUGCUCCGCGUCAAAUUGUUGAUCUACGGAAGACGAACGGCACUGUGUCGGUCGAGCUUACGAACAACCAAGUGGACUUCACGAGUAGCGGUCUUCAGUACACGUACCUCCAGGAGUGUCCAAGCUCGCAGUUUUGUUCGAAUGGGAACAUCCAGCCUUGUCCGAAUGGAACCAUCUGCGAGUCCCACGACACUACCAAUUUCUCGGUAUGUGCUCCGGGAACGUUCCAACCACGACAAAGCCAAGUAACUUGUCUCCCCUGCCCCGUUGGAUUUUAUUGUCCAGAUCACGGAAUGUCCAAGCCUGUAUUGUGCCGUUCCGGGAUGGUUUGUGAUGAACAUGGACUGCGAACACCAGUUAAAGACUGCCCUUCGGGCCACUACUGCCGCAAGGGCACCAAAACCGCAGAUACUCGUGAUUUUAUCACGAACUCGGAGUAUUCCAUCGAGAAGGGGACGCAGCUAGCCUCUUUUGUGGAGAGUUCUCGGGCAUGGGCACCCAUACCUCGUUUGGCUCCGGCCAUUGGAAGCCGUCGACUUGAACACCCACCCAGUCUGGCUAACUGUGACGGCCGGCUGUGCGUCGAGAACAGCACAACUCUCUUAGCAGAGCGGCCGUAUUCGUGUCCAAUUGGAACUUUCUGUCGACGCGGUGUUGCUGUCCAGCAACUGCAAGCGAAUAACUACAGCGCGCCGCAGAAAUGUUAUCCAGGGUUUUUCUGCCCGCGAGGAUCGUCCACUCCAGAAGGGAAAGGACCGUGUCCAACCGGCCACUAUUGUCCCAACGAUGUAGACGCCAUCGUGUGUCCCGCUGGCCAGUAUUGCCCCGGUGUCGGCAACCUCCGUCCUCGAGAUUGCUACCCUGGCACAUACAAUCCCGUCCCCCGCCAGUCGAAUUGUACGCUGUGUCCGACUGGUCACAUUUGCCCCCAGCCCAAGAUGUUGGCGCCUGUGUUGUGUCCUGCCGGCUUCGUUUGUAUCUCCACCGGACUUGCGUCCCCAGCGCUGCUUUGCCCUCCUGGUUAUAUCUGUGGAGAAGGUACUCGUACUCUGGAUCCGUCCGACGUGAACCCCUUCCGGCCAAUGCCCUGUCCGAAGGGCACGUACUGUCUUGGUGGAGUGGCCCAUAAUACUACGAUUGAUUGGAUUCCAAGUCAACCGGAGGGUGCUGUCGCCCCACAGACUUGUACCGAAGGCACUUAUUGUGAGGAAGCGACCCCAACGCUUUCUGGAACAAAGGUUUGCUUCGCUGGUCACUACUGUCCUCCUGGAUCCAGUGCCCCCACGCAAGCUCCGGUCGGCACCUUCGCUGGCACAACGGGGUCUGUAGCUGCGACGAUGUGCUUCCCAGGGACUUACACGCCUCUCAAGGGGACCGUGGAAUGUGAAAUCUGCCCUGCAGGUCAUAGCUGUCCCAGAUAUGGCACGUACAUUCCGUCAUUGUGUCCGAAGGGCUUCUAUCGGUCUUUAGCUGACAGUAUCACAUGCCGAGCUUGUCCAGAGGGCACGUGGUCCCCGCACACUGGACUAACCGAUAUCUCGCAAUGUGAGAUUUGUCCUGCUGGGCGUGUGUGCGGCAGUUCCGGGAUGUUUUCGAUGGCGUCGAGCUUACCAUGCGCGGCUGGGCACGUGUGUGGAGAAGGAACCAACCGACGCGCGCAGUUUGACCAUUUGUGUCCUGCAGGACACUACUGCUCGAGUGCGACGCCGAUUAGUGAGCAGUACACCAAUGUCUGUGAAAAGGGGAACAGUUGCGUCCGCGGCACCAAAACCAUCGAGAAGAGCAAGAACAAGUGCCCCGACGGCAAGUUCUGUCCCCUCGGGACAGCUAACAGCAGCAGCAUCUACGUCAACUGCCCCAGUGACACGUGGUCAAGCUCGAGCCAAGAUGAAUUAAUGGACUGCUUCAUCCGACCGGUCCCGAUCUGCGAUAAGCUGGCCGAUAAGCAAUACUACCCUCAGUUCAGCUACAACUUCCAAGGCAGCCAAGUGACUUUCGACUCGACGGUGGAGACUAGCCGCACGGGUGAAGUGGAAGUCGUUGACAUCAUCUACCCGGUGAAUGAAUCUGCGUCCGUGCCUUUCUGGAAGAACGAUACGAUCGACACCAUCCGUGUUUGCCCGCCACAGCUGAGUAUAAGCGGUGGAAUUCUUGUGACUGUCAUUGGUCGCAAUUUCCAGGAUACAGGGCGUCUGGCUUGCAAGUUUCAGCUCCCGAAGUCGACAUUUUCUCAGUUGGCACCGGCGUUCUUCGUGAGCAGCACGAGGGUGACAUGCCGCGCUCCUCCAUUCGUAGGCAACGAUACGGCAGCAACGGGGUCUUCGUUCUCACAAGCGGUGCAAGUCAGUGUGUCCAACUAUGGCGUCCACUUUUCAACGACUACAGCUACAUUCAACUACAUUUCGGUCAAGGCAGCUACGGCGCUGAACAUGAAGCAGUUGAUGACGACGUGCCUGAAGCGAGUGGAAGAGGAGGAAGGGUUCCGAAAUGACGACAAGGCGUGGUUCGCUCUGACCGGACUGGGGAAGGCCAAGCUAUCGUUCGACUUCCGCCACUUGCCAUCCGAUCUGGUCUAUGAUGAACACUACAAGGUUGCGAUUUUCGUGAAGAAUAGCUCGUGCGAGGACCAGACGUGUGAUUCUCGUGGGGUGGUUCUCCCAAGUGGGCCGGAUAUUGAGACGUCACCGUGCCGUCGUCCAGUGGAAUUGCCGCGGUGGUUCCUCUCAACAGCAGUGGACAAAAAUGACCUGUUAAACAUUACACUUCUUGCUCUUGAGGACAUCACGUUCAAGGUGGAGAUCCACAUCAUGUACGGUUUGUAUGCGUCAGUUUCUCCGUUCUUCGUGAACUCGACCACCGUCAAGCUCAAGACGCCGACGCGAAGCAACGUUACACAAGGCGUGACAGCCGACACUCGGCCGCUCUCGCGUUCGAUUUCGUAUGAAGCUGAGAUGAUUCCUCGGGAUUACACCUUCCUCUUGGCUUACUUUGGGGGCGAUGGAGACUACACUUCUCCACCAUUGAACCUCCCACCAAAGUACAAGGCGUAUGAACGAGGUCGAGUCCUGCUGUCGCACAACGUAAGCAGCGAUGCGAGCGAGAUUCCGCUCGUGGCUGAUCCGUACGCUGACGUUGUGACAGACACUUCCUACUGGUUAAUGCCCUACGGGUCUGCGUCAUUGACGCACGAAUAUGUUGAAAAGUACCGCGAGACUUUCCAGGAGAUGUACCUGGACCCGACGGAUGCGACCGGGACGCAGUACCUGUUCAAAUUCGACAAGAUGCUGCUGUCCUAUCUGCCGUUCCAGUCAAACUGCAUGGAAUAUGACUCGUACAUGCCUCUCUUUGACCUAUUAGAGAGCGAUUCGUGUCAAUUGCCUGCAAUGACGUCCGAGACUGGAAUAUAUGGACGCACUUGGUGGAGACGAGAGUUCCCUCCGCUACCGAAUCAGGACGAUAUCCGCUAUGUUGGUCCAUUGGAUGUCGCUCAAGAACCAACGGCAGACAUUUGCAUGAUGGACAUUCAAUGCCAUUAUGAGGAAGACCUACCGACUGCUGAUGUCACUCCGCGUUGGUUCGAGCAGUCUUCAAGUACUGUCUUGUACUACCUCUUGCGAGAGCCUGCGACAUUGGCGGACUACUUGCAAGGUGGAAAAUAUUAUGAUGAGAUUCUAGACCAGUCCGGCUCCGACUAUUUCAUCCCCGUCACAGUGGAUAACUCGGCUGCUGCAUCACUUGAAGGCGACUGCUCCACACUGUGUUUCCCGCGGUCAGUGACGCUCGACAUUGCGUACUAUCAGUUGGACGAUCACGUCAAGCGGAUCAUCAAGGCGACCCUUGUCUACGAUAACUACGACCGUGACUCGACCAACACUGCGUACACCUUCAGUGUGAACCUGCAUCCGCUGAACUACUUUGGACUGGUGAUUCAGUUCGCGUUCGAGAAGCAAGUAUUCGUCGGACUCUUCUUCGUCUUAGGCAGCAUGAUGACGGUGGGGGCUCUCAUCUUUUGGAUUGUGGUGCGAAUCACGUCCAUCUUGCAGUCACCGCCGCGAUUCCGGUUCUGGGCCGUUUUCGCUCUCAUCUCGCCCCCUCCGUCUGUGGGUGUGGCCAUGGCAUCGCUGCCGAUAUUCUCAGUGGUCUGCAGUUUCUACGUUCUCUUGAACGGUGACUCGUACUUCUCGUCCAGUGGGUACUGGUUGACGGACAACAUCGUAGCCCACUACAUUGAUACGAAGAUUGAUCGAGAGACGGUGUCGGAAACGAGAAAAGGACGCGUGGGUCUGUGCUUCAUUAUCUUCGGGCUGUACCUCAUUGUACUGGGCACGAAGGUAUUCCUUCCGAAGCCGAUCGCCAUCUCCGAAAAGGUCAUGGCCGAGCAAAACGAUCGGGACGCUCAGGAGCGCAGUAUCUGGUGGCCAACCCAAUGGAAACGGGCCAAUAUGAUCUUCGCGUCGAUCGUGCUCGGCCUGUUCCUCGUCCUGAUGCUGGAGUUUUCGUUCUGGAGCUCCUUUGGCGACUACAUGUUUUACGUGAUUGUAGCGCAGGAAAUUAUCAACGCGGUGGUGGAAGGCUGGAUUAAAUCCCAACUCAAGGAGGCGCUGUUGAUGGCGCCUCUGGUUUCGGCGCUUAGUCUCAUCGGUGGGAUCAUGACUUUCGGUGCUACGGACUUUGGUGACUUUGUUCUGGGUAAUACGCUCGAUUUCGGCAUGAUGCUGCUCAUGAGGGUGUAUGGUGACACGGCAAUCGAGGCGAUCAGCGAUUUCAUCAAGGAGGUGCUGAAGUACUGCUGGGAGAAGACGAAGGUCAUUGGACGAGGAAUUCUACUACUAUUCCGAAGCUUCACGCGCUCGACUGCUGCUGUUGAGGAAGCGGAGACGGUCGAGCCAAUUAUCGACUUUUAUGCGGGGUGCUCCAUGGAACGACUAGCACUGUUCUACCAGCCCGUGCUGAUCCUCAUCAUGAUGUUCUUCCGCGAGGAAGUUAUGCUUCCGAUCAUGUACAACAUUCGCGAGAAGGACAUGGAGAUUUAUCUCUGGUAUUCGCUGAUCAUCCUCUUCUUCCAGCUCGUGAUCGAGGUCUUCGUGCUGAACGUGGUUGAAAUCUUCCAGGGGUGGAAACUGUACGAUUACCUCGUGUACUGCCGAUACCGCUUCCUCCAACGUGAAAAGCGUUGGAAAGGGCUCGAGCCCAAUCUGGACGAGUGUAUCGACGAAGGAUUGCGUACCCUGGACCAAAUGUGCUUCUCGUCGCAGUUUUUCAUGAUGUGUACAGUUCACGUCACGGGCAUCGUGUUCUUCGUUGUGGGCAUUGAGAUCAUGGCACGGGCAAGCUACAACAUGUUCGGCGACCCCGCUAUGCCACUACUACUCGCGUUUGUGUUGGCCACCGCAAUGUUCAUACGCUCUCUGGUGCUCUUCUUGGCGGUGAAGUUCGAGGUCUGGAAGAUUAAACACGAGAACACAGCUUGGCUUGCUCCGCCGGACGAGGAUGACGAGUUUGGCGUCCCCCGCUGGGAUGAACUCGAGAAAAUCAAGGGGGCUUCACACGAAGCCUACCUCAUGAACCAACGCAUCACGUCCGAGACGUUCCGCAACAAGUUCCUCAACUACAACCGCACGUGGCUCGUGAACCAACUCCCGUCGAUCCUGACUCCCCGCACGUUGCGUCGCGCUAGACCCUAUCUGUUGGCACAGUUCGCGAAGAUCCUCGACAGUCUGAACCCCCAGGUCUCGGACGAUGAUGAGGAUGACGACGGUCGCCCUCGCUUUGGUCCCGUGACGCUGUCCGCUCCUUCACGCACCAUUAUCCGUCUCUGGCUGGCUCGGGCGCGGCGAAUCUUGCGUCUCAAGACUGUGGUGCAGCCGCUCAUCCAGCAAGCGCGCAAGAGUGAGUGCGAGAUGUGUCUGUCUCGCCGGCAACUGCAGGUCGAGAUGGCCAUUCCGAUCGAGGUGCUGGGCGACAAGUUCGACAGCCAAACGCUGGCUGAAGAGUUCGACGCCGCCGCCUGGAAGGAGUUCUUCGCCAAGCACCAGAAGUUCAAAACGCUCUGCCUCAACUGCAUCGUGCACCUCAAGACGACCGGGCAGAUCGGGGAUCUGCGUGGUCUGGGUGGAGGUGCCGGUGGCUUGGGCGGAGACGAAGGCUGGGGCCCGACACCGUUGAACGCUGCAUCUUACGCCCUGCUGCAGAAAUGGUAUCGCAAGGCUCAGGACCGCGUCUUCGGCAAGAGUGGCAAGCGCCGCCAGCAACUGGACGUGAGCGACGACGAGGAGGAAGCCAUGCAGCACCGAUACGAGUGGACCCGACAGCCAGUGGCGCUCAAUGCUGCGUCCACCGCGUUGGCGCGCAAGUGGCUGAUCGCCGCACGCCACAAGCUUCGCGAGCCUGACCGCGUGCGUAAUCAGCUGCCGACGAACCUGACAGCAAUUCACCCGACAGUGCGCGGCGGCGCCACACCCGUCCCGAAGCCUGCUAUGAAGAUGGGAGCUGCCGGCGGAGAAGCUGUCAAGGCGUCCAAGAUGCGUCGCAAAUAG